AAAAACCUGUAAAAUCUGCUGCACAUGCGCAGAAGAUUGCGGCAUGACACGCGUGUAAGGGAAGUACAGUGACAGGUCUGGAGCAGAAGCUACCUCUAGCUCCACAUAGAACCGGCUUAACUGUGCUUCAUUCAUUGUCCUUAAAAUGUCGUGGCUGUUUGGUUUGAACAAGGGGCAGCCUGAAGUGCCUGCUGGUCUCCCGGUUCAGCCCCCACCACCACCGCCGCCGCCGGCCGGAGGCUCCAGCGGCGGAGGAGAUAAAACCAAGGACAAAUGGAGCAACUUUGAUCCCACCGGGCUGGAGCGAGCUGCUCAGGCGGCCAAGGAGCUCGACAAGUCCCGACAUGCCAAAGAAGCUCUGGAUUUGGCUAGAAUGCAGGAGCAGACCACUCAGAUGGAACAUCAGAGCAAAGUGAAGGAAUAUGAAGCAGCAGUUGAGCAGCUCAAAGGUGACCAGAUACGAAUCCAGGGAGAGGAGAGAAGGAAAACCGUUAAUGAGGAGACCAAGCAGCAUCAAGCGAGAGCUCAGUAUCAAGAUAAACUGGCCAGGCAGCGAUAUGAGGACCAACUAAGACAACAGCAAGCCCUGAACGAGGAGAACCUUCGCAGACAGGAGGAGUCUGUACAGAAACAGGAGGCCAUGAGGAAAGCGACAAUAGAGCACGAGAUGGAGCUGAGGCACAAGAACGAGCUCCUGCGUAUAGAGGCCGAGUCUAAAGCACGGGGCCGUGUGGAGCGAGAGAACGCCGAUAUAAUCCGCGAGCAAAUCCGUCUAAAGGCUGCAGAACACAGACAGACUGUUCUGGAGUCCAUAAAGACUGCAGGUGCUGUGUUUGGAGAAGGAUUUAGAACCUUUGUUUCAGACUGGGACAAAGUCACGGCCACGGUGGCAGGACUGACCCUUUUGGCUGUGGGAGUUUAUUCUGCCCGAAAUGCAACAGCGGUGGCGGGACGUUACAUCGAGGCCAGGCUCGGGAAGCCGUCCCUGGUGCGGGAAACCUCCCGGUUCACUGUGGCAGAGGCCAUCAAGCAUCCAGUCAAGAUGGCAAAAAGGCUGAAGAGCAAACCUCAGGAUGCCCUCGAGGGAGUUGUGCUCAGUCCUACCCUGGAAGAGCGCGUACGUGACAUCGCCAUAGCAACAAGAAACACAAGGCAGAACAACGGCCUGUACAGGAAUAUCCUCAUGUACGGCCCUCCAGGCACAGGCAAAACUCUCUUUGCUAAGAAGCUGGCAGUGCAUUCUGGGAUGGACUACGCAAUUAUGACUGGUGGUGAUGUGGCACCCAUGGGCCGUGAUGGUGUGACAGCCAUGCACAAAGUGUUUGACUGGGCUGGCACAAGUCGACGCGGACUUCUGCUUUUUGUUGAUGAAGCUGAUGCAUUCCUUCGCAAGCGGUCCACUGAGAAGAUCAGUGAAGACCUCAGAGCCACGUUGAAUGCAUUCUUGUAUCGCACCGGAGAGCAGAGCAGCAAGUUUAUGCUGGUGUUGGCCAGUAACCAACCAGAGCAGUUUGACUGGGCCAUAAACGACCGUAUAGAUGAAAUAGUGAAUUUUGCACUGCCAGGUCCCGACGAGAGAGAGAGGCUGGUGCGGUUGUACUUUGACAAAUAUGUGCUGGAGCCCGCCACAGGAGGGAGGCAGAGAAUGAAGCUUGCACAGUUUGACUAUGGUCAAAAGUGCUCAGAAAUAGCAAAAUGGACAGAAGGCAUGUCAGGAAGAGAGAUCUCUAAGCUGGGUGUGGCUUGGCAGGCGGCAGCAUAUUCCUCUGAAGAUGGUGUCCUGACAGAGGCUAUGAUUGAUGCUCGAGUAAAGGACGCUGUCAAGCAACACCUUCAGAAGAUGGACUGGCUGCAUGGAGAGGACGAGGCUCAGGCCAAGAGCCUCACACCUCCCACAGCUGGAGGGAAAGGCAGCGGGGGGAAAAUGGGCUUUACUCUGCCCCUCAGUGAGGCACCUGAGGCUCAGGAGGUGAUCGCUCCAGUUCUUGAGAUAAAUUUGGAACAAGCAGGUGAAAAUAUAACGCCUCCUUCAGACAACGACCAAUCAGCAGAAGGUAAAAGUGCCACCCCAACUGGACAGGACUGUAAAGAUGCUGCAAAAGAGGCAGAGAGUUUAGCCCAGCCUGCUGCCCCCAUUGACAGUGAGAGCAAGCUGGAAAAGGAAGAAAAAACUGGAUCUUCUCCUCCAAAGGACGGAACUCCAGUUUGAGUCAUAGAUUUGCUCAGUGGGGCAGUGUUCUGUCCUGCCUCUAAAACUAGUCUGUCACACUAUGUCUAAAAGUCUGUUGACUAUCUGUGACAGAAGAUGAGUUCAGCAGGUAAUCAACUAACUAUACAAAACACAAAAGACUCUUUGAUUCUAAUAUAUAAUGUAAACAUUGUAAGUGUACUUUCAUGGAAACCAGACCGUGUGUCUGUAAGUGUGAAAUGUCACAGUGGAAAUCAUUAAACGGAUUUGUGUUUUGUACAGUAAAAGUUC